CAGCACCGGGGACUUGGGGAAAAUGCUUCUGUUACACUAUCCCUGAAGCUUUCAGAGGAGACGGUUGUGCUAUGAAUGCAGACCUUACAGAGCAGGCCAGCAAGAUGCUUCGUACCCCCAAGUGCUCGCGGUGCCGGAACCAUGGCUUCCUGGUACCAGUCAAGGGCCACGCCGGCAAGUGCCGCUGGAAGCAGUGCACCUGUAAGAAGUGCUACUUGAUCACUGAGCGCCAGAGGAUCAUGGCUGCACAAAAGAUGCUCAAGAAGCAGGCCUCUGGAGAGGAGCAGGAGGUGGCCCUGUGCACACAGGGACCCCAGCUGGCCUCCGGGGGCGCGGCCGCCAACCCAGGCCCAAGCUUCUGCCCGCUGCCUCCGCUUGUCCCUUUGGGAGACGCGCAGCCGGGGCCUUCGGGCCAAGCGGCCGCCUGCUUCCCUGAGAGGCCCCCACGCGUCCGGAGCCCCAACCCGAGUGCCUUCCAGCUGGUUCUGGGCAGCCACAACGGUGGCCACGUAGGCCUGAGGGAACAAGCAGCCAGGGCCAGGCCCAGUUCUCCGGAGCCCCAGCUGGCAGCGGAGGCCGCCAGCCGGGGCAACCCCAGCUGCCUGGAGCUGCUCAGGCCGCCGCGGCCUGUGCCCAGCCGGCCGUUCACCGACUUCAGGCUCCCUCUGAGCAUCAACUCAGAUUCUGUGGUGGGGUCUGAGUGCCUGGAGAGAGAACCUCCCAAGCCGUACCCCAGCUGCUCCAGCAUAGAUCCCAGCUGCCGUUUUCCUCUGGGCUACCAGGAUGCGUCCCCAAGUGUGGGGAUCCCUCUGCAGCAGAGGUUCCAGCACCUGUCCUAUAGCCAGUACCAGGGAGGAGGCUCGGUGGCGGAACCCGUGGGAGACUUCCGGCAGAGCUACUACCCGCCGCUGGGGCAAGCGCCGCAGCCUCAGUUCCUCCCACCCGGCUUCCUCUCUGCGCUCCAGGUCCUCCUGCCGCCGCUGCCCCCGCCGCCUUCAGCAACCUUCUCGCUGACCAUCCUGUCUGACACGGACAAGGAGAACACCGAUGGCCAGGAUGUGAAGGGGCCGAGCGAGCCCAGCCAGCCAUCGUCCCAGGAGGAGUCCAACUAGGCCCAGGCCCUCAGGCCGGCAGCGUGGGGCCUUGGUGGGGGUGGGGGGGGGGCGCUUGCAGCAAUGAUUUUCUUAUCUCUAUUCAGUGAUAUGUAGGGAGGAAGGGUAGUGAUAAGCGCAAGAUGGCAGUUGAUUCCCAUUUCAAGAUAGGAGGAUAGAGUGUGGUUGCUAAGGUUCUCUCAAGCCUGAGACACAGGGCCUUGAAAAGGAACUCAGAGGUGAAGUCACCAGGGCGUGGCCAGAGCUCUGAGAUGUGGGAGACUGGCGGGAGCUCACAUUUCGGAAUGAAUUUAGCCAGCUCUGUGUUGAUUGCUGUUAAUCAGAUUCACCCCUAGAGGCGGCCUUUGAUUUCCUCAGGUCCUUCUCCAGGACGGAGGCACUGUCCUCCUUAGCCUCUGCUUCUGCCGCCUCUGUCUGGUCCCCAGCAGGAGGCAGCACAGACAUCAGGCGUCCAGCACAUCCAAGUGGAUAGCGGGAGCAGCCAGGACCAGGGUGCUAGACAGGUUCUGCUACAUCCUUUCUUACUGCUCUGUCCCCCAGGGUCAGCCUGGGCCCCUUCUCUAGGGGCUUUACUAUCAAAUAUAAGCAUUUUAGCCUCUGAGGUUGCUUCACUUUUUCCCCAUGAAGUUUAAGCCAUUAUGGCAUCAUUUCUGGUUAAAAAAAAAAACUAAUAAAGUUUGACUAUUUCAUGUUUUUAAAAUGAUUGCUAGCUUUAGAAAUUAAGCUUUUUGUAAGUUCUCAUGCAGUUCUCAGAGAAUAGGAUGGUGCUUCCAGAUUACCUGUGGAAUCAGUUUCUUCUCUGGGGACAGUUGACAUUUGAAAUAAAAUGAACAGUGGAAA